AUGGAGAUCAUCCUGGACGGCCUGGAGAGUGCUCAUUUGACGCCCCAGGAGGUGUUGGAGGCGAGCAUCGAGGCAUUUCGGGCUGAGAAGCUGGUGCUGCUUGUGGUCGACCUGCCAGAGCCAGAGCCUGCUGCUGAGACGGAGAAAGAAGAGCCGCAAGAGGAGGCGGGGGUCUGA